AUGUAUUGGGAUCCGGCUCGUAUGGAUGAUGCAGUUGCUGUCAAACUUGAACCCAUCACCCGCUCAUCUUCUGUGCAGCGUGAAUACAACAUUUUGAAACACCUUGAAGGUGGUGUUGGUAUUCCCCAUGCCCUCUGGUUCGGUAAGGAGUCGAUAUAUCAUGCUCUCGUUCUCGAUCUCCUUGGGCCAUCCCUGCAUAGUCUCUUCCUUUCCCACAGCCAAAAAUUCAGCCUUUACACUGUCAUAAAUCUAGGAGAUCAGCUGCUCUCACGUCUCGAAUACAUUCACUUGCACAGUUAUAUUCACGGUGACAUCAAACCACAGAAUGUUGUUCUGGGUCUUGGCAAUUUGAGGCACACCGCCUUUAUUAUUGAUUUCAGUAUCGCAAAGGAAUUCUGGAAUAUGUCAACCAGUGUCCAUAUCCCAUUUCACCAAGGUCAACAUCUCACUGGCACUCCUGCAUUUGUGUCAAUCAACAAUCACUUGGGAGUUGAACCAGGUCAUCGUGACGAUAUCAACGCUUCCAUACUCAAGCGCAAAGUGAACACCACCAUCAAAGAUUUAUGUCAUGGAAUUCCUGUUGAGUUUGCAACAAUUCUCAUUUACACGCACUCACUUGCAUUCUCAGAGGAUCCCAACUAUAACCACCUUCACUCAUUGCUUCAUCUGCGUGCUUGCUGGAUAUAA